AUAGCGCCCCACUCCCGUAGUAUAAAUUGAGCACGAGUGGGGUGUAGAGGCGAAGAGCAUAGAGCUAGCAAUACAUCGCUAGCUCACUUGAUAUACAUAUUGCAUCGGCAUAAAAACUGAAUUUAUCAUGGCCCACUUGAUCUCUUCUGCAAUCGCAGGCGCGGGCAACUUAGUCGCUGAUGGAAUCAGUGGUGUCACUGGCGUAGCGUCGCAGGUUGUAGAAGGCGUAGAGGACACUUUAGGCAGUAUCGUAGAAGCAAUUGACCAAGGAGUCAAGGAUGAGGACCAACUGGACUUGCCCAAGUACGUGUGUUUCAAGGGAGAUAACGGUCUGUACCUUAGUGCUCGGAAGGUUGAAGGCCAUCCCUACCUACAAUUUGCAUCGGGAGACAUUGGCGACCCAAGUGUGAGGUUCAUCACCUACAACCACAAGGUGAACGGCAAACGGGUGGUGCGCUUCAAGUCCAACCAUCUCGGCAAGUUCUGGCGGCGAAGCCCUAACUGGAUCUGGGCCGACACCGACGACACCAGCACCAACAACUCCGACACCUUGUUCGAGCUCAUCAAGAUCGGCGAGGAUGGCGUGUACGCGCUUCGGAACCUCGGCAACAACUACUUCUGCCACCGGCUGACCUACGAGGGCAAGGAGGACUGCCUGAACGCCAUGAUUCCGACCAUCAGGAAGGAGGCGUACCUCAAGAUUGAAGAAGCCGUCCUCUCCCGGAAGAUCUCCAACAUCGAGUACCACCUCAAGGGCGCCAAGAUUUUCGACAAGAAGGCUAAGACCCUCAUCACUCGAGAGGCGGUGAACGGCACCAGCACGGAUAGCAAGACCACCAUCACCCUCAAGUACAGCGUCAUCAAGGGCAAGCUAUGGGAUUCCAGCAAGUCCAUGAAGCUGGGGGUCACCACCACCAUUGAAGCUGGGGUUCCUGUGGUCUUACCCGCAACCAUUGAGGUCCAGAGCGAGUUCAACUCCACCUACAGCUGGGGCGAGUCCAUCAUCGAGAAAGAAGAGUACUCCAACGCCUACGAGGUCGUUGUGCCUGCAUACUCCGUCGUCACGGUCAGCGUGCUCGCUACACAGGGCAUCUGCCAAGUCCCCUUCUCUUAUACUCAGGAGGACGUUUUGACUACCGGAGAGAGGAAGGUUUUCAAGUUUGAUGACGGCAUCUUCCGUGGUGUUAAUAGCUUCGGUUUCAAGUCCGAGGUCACGGAAAGGAAGCUCUCCAAGGAUGACGACUGAGCGAUAUAUCGUCCAUAUAGUCUCUCGAUAUAAACUUCGAGCGGUGUGAUUUAUAAAUAAGCCAUAUUAAUGUAAUAAUGCUUUAAUAAGCAGUUCAUAUGUGUGUCGAAAAUACGUUUUAAUUUUAUACUACUACUACGUGUGCAUGCACUCUUCAUGUGUAAUGCUUUACUUGUAAUUUAUUGCGAAUAAAUAAAGAGAGUAUGUCUCCACCACUUGUUAUCAA